CAUAUUUUAGAUAGAUAAGGUACAGAGACGCUCUUCCUCUUCUCUUCCCACCAUUUUCAUCCACCAUGCUCUCCACCACCACCACCGCCAACUCUCUCACUUCUCUCUCGGCCGCCGCCCACACCACCGCCACCUUCCUCCAUCCUCCCCGAGACUCCUCUCUCCGUCUCUUCCUCCGCCGCCGUCCAAACUCCAUUUCCGCCACUCUCAACCCUUCCCCCUUAGCCGCAAAGCAACAAGUGUACCAGCCAUUCCGUCCUCCUCCCUCUCCUCUCCCCUCUCAAUACCGCUCCCUUGACGCCGAAGGCAAGCUCAAUGUCCUCUCCAACCGCCUCGGCCUCUGGUUCGAGUACGCCCCUCUCAUUUCCUCCUUGAUUCAAGAAGGCUUCACUCCUCCCACUCUUGAAGAAAUCACCGGAAUCACCGGUGUUCAGCAGAACAUCUUCGUCGUUGGCGCUCAGGUUCGCGAAUCCCUAGUUCAGUCCAAUAACGCCGAUCCAGAUGUAAUCGCUGCCUUCGAUACCAGCGGCGCCGAGUUGCUCUAUGAAAUUCGGCUCCUCAGCACCGAGAAACGCGCUGCGGCGGCUAGAUAUAUAGUGGAGAACAGGCUUGAUAUCAAAGGCGCGCAGGAUCUGGCUCGAGCGUUGAAGGAUUUUCCUCGACGAAGAGGGGAUAAAGGUUGGGAGUGUUUCGAUUACGAAGAACCUGGGGAUUGUUUGGCGUAUAUGUAUUACAGGUUAAGCAGAGAGUACAAUAAUCCAUCGGAGCCGAGGACGGCGGCCUUGGAGGAGGCGUUGAAAGUGGUAGUGACGGAGAAGGCGAGGGAUCUGAUUGUUGGGGAUUUGGAAGGGAAGGGAGACGGGAAGGAAGGGGUUGAAGAGGAAAUCGAAGUGGGAAUUAGGGUUCCGGUGGUACGGAUGAAGAUCGGGGAAGUUGCGGAGGCGACGACGGUGUUGGUGAUGCCGGUGUGUAAGGCAGGGGAGGGGGAAAAGGGAGUUGGAGAAGCACCAAUGGAGUUGAGAAGCGAGGGAGAAUUCGGGGUUGUGGUGGCGGAGAAGGAGUGGAGGAAGUGGGUGGUGCUGCCGGGGUGGGAGCCGGUGGUGGGGUUGGUGAAGGGCGGCGGCGUAGUUGUGGCGUUUGAGGAUGCAAGGGCUCUGCCAUGGCGGGUGAACAGGUGGUACAAGGAGGAGCCAAUUCUGGUAGUGGUUGAUCGGAGUAGGAAGGAGGUGGUAGCGGGAGAUGGGUUUUAUCUGACGGGAGCCACCGUGGGCGGUGGAGAGUUGAAGGUGCAGAGAGGAAAUGCAUUAAUGGAAAUGGGAGUGAAGGAGAGUUUGGGGACUGUAUUGUUGGUGGUUAGGCCACCAAAGGAAAUGGAAGAUGAUCAGUUGAGUGAUGAAGAUUGGGAUUGAACAAAACAAAACUCAUUUUUGAGGCUCACACCAAUUCAGUAUUAGGUAUUAUUAUAUCAUAUUCUACACUUACAACUUUUGUAUCAUUGAUUUUGGUUAUUCAAUUUCAUAUGCUUCCCACUUUCUUUUUCCCUUUUA